AUGGUCAACCAUUCUGGUUGUGCUACUAGUCUAAAUUGGUUAUAUCAAAGUGGUGUUGAUGACACACAAGUGAUGACAAUCUCUGGUCAUAAAAGUCUCAAGGGUGUGAGAUCAUAUAUUGCACCCACUAUAUAUCAAAAAGCUGGUAAAAUAAGCAAUGUUCUUCAAAUGGCUUUAACACCACCACAAGAGUCAUCAACUUCAAAUAAAACAUCUCAAAAAAAUACAG